UUAGUGAAAUCACAUCAUCAAAACUCACAGUGUCCCGGGACAAUUUUUAACUGGAGUAUAAAAUCGAAAGUACGAGAAACAUGUCAUUAGCCUGUUUGUUUUUUAAUAUUGGUUUUGUAAACGAAUAAUUAUAUAAAAAGUAGUUUUUCGGAUUUUGGAUUAUUAAUUGAAUAUUAAAUGAAGGAAUGAUACACGGAUUAUUCUGCUCCCCGGAUUACAUUCAUCUAAACUAUGUUUUCACAAAGAAAUAAAACCAUGGGUUCUGUAAGUUUUGUGCUCCUGCUUAUACUGGUCUGGACUUUCCAAACUGUCUGUGAAGAUGAGUGCUUUAAUCAAUUCAAUAUAACCUGUGAAGAUGUGACUGGAAAAGUGGGAGAGACAUUAAAUCUUACCUGCAGUAUCUCUUAUCAGUGCAGUAAAUGCUGCAUGAAAUUUUACAAGUUUUAUAAUCCUGCCGAAUUCUGUAGAAAAGAAUUCCCUAAAAAUUCCUGUGAACAGAAGACCAGCAUCACAUGUCCUUACACUCUGAAUGCAACAACGACAACAAAAUUUAAAUUAUUUUUGAUAAGCUGUGGACGUAAAUCAGCAGAAUUCACUGUUAACAUUACAGACAUUAAAGACAACACUAAAGAUGUCACUUCAGCUGCCGAAACAGAUCAAUCACAUGAUAAAUCUGUGACGGACGUGAUCAAUCCAGACGGCCCUGAUCGAUCUAAGGUUGCUGUCAUUGCUGCUGUUGUAAGCGGUUUCAUCAUCAUUAUAAUCAUCACAGUAACAAUCAUUUACAAAAAGAAACGCAACUGUUCCAGCCUUCCAGAGUGUUUCCGAUCAACAGACAUGAUGACAGACAAUUCAAUAAUUUGAAAGCAGUUUUAUUGCACUUUUCAAGUGAACCUUGUAAAAAGAUGACGCCUUUGGUUAUAUGUUUUCUGUUUUAUAUGUAUUUAUGUUAAAUAUUAUUGUGUUGUUUUAAUGGCUGAUGAUCUUAUGAUAAACAGAUUAAAAAUAAGAAAACCUUUUUUGUUGUUGUCCUAACUUUGUAAGGAUGUCAUUUUGGCUCUGUUCACUCCAUCUCCCUUCAAGUAGUCUUAUUUUAUAGCACUAAAUGGCAAGAAGAACCAGAAAAAAUUAUAUUUCCUAUAUCACCAUCCGUCACAAAAUGCCGAUCUGAAAUAUAAGUGUUGCUAUAACGCGUUUUAGCCAUCGCAGAUGUGUUCGUCCAUAGACAUUCAAUCUAAUUUUUAGUUCUGGCACCAGCCCCAAUUAUCAUCAAAUA